CUGCGACUGCUCAUUCUAGGCCGGUCGAAGCAUGCGCUAAGUUAAAGGUUGGGCAAUUACUUUCGCUCAAGCACAUGUGAGCACGAAUACAUUAUAACUGGAGUGCUUGUUUAUAACGUCGAUCUCUUGCAAAAUGACACAAAUCCCGCAGGAGGACAACGAAUUAAAAAGAUUACUUAAUAAUCCGGCGAAAAAUGCAUGCGAAGAUGGAUCGAUGGCUCCACCGUUAUCGACUAAUGUACCGAGGCCAAGCACGUCGCAAAAUGUCAAUCCACAAUCGAUGAUGAGCGCAAUGACACCGGCUAAUAGCGCGAAGGAUUUUGUGGACCCUUGCUUACAGAACGUAGUCUCCACAGUUAACUUGCAAACAGAAUUAAAUCUCACUUAUAUUAACAUAAGAACGAGGAAUUCUGAAUAUAAUCCAGCGAGGUUCACCGGACUGAUAAUGAGAAUACGGAAUCCAAGAGCAACAGCAUUGAUCUUUAGUUCGGGCAAAUUAGUAUGUACAGGUGCGAGAAGUGAAGACGAUUCACUUUUGGCAGCAAGAAAAUUUGCCAGAAUAAUCCAGAAGCUUGGUUUCUCUGUAAAAUUCUGCAAUUUCAAAGUACAGAAUAUUGUUGCAACAUGUGACAUGAAAUUUCCUAUUAAAUUGGAAGGUUUGUAUCGGCAGCAUGCUCAGUUCUGCAGCUAUGAGCCAGAAUUGUAUCCCGGUCUGAUAUACAGAGUGUUAUUACCUAGAGUGGUAUUACUGAUAUUCGUGAAUGGUAAAGUUGUAUUAACAGGAGCGAAAAAUAGAUCUGAAUUAAGAAGUGCGUUAGAUAUUUUAUAUCCAGUAUUCCAACAAUACAGAAAGUAUUAAUUAAGAUAUAAUCUGUUUGUGGACACAACAAAUUGCUACAAAUAAAAUAAAUACAUAACAAUGUAAAUAUAUAAAGAUAGAAAAAUUAAUUGUAUGACAAAGAAAUAAUAAUUAAGUAUCUAUAGUUAAAAAUUUAGAUAAGAGUAUUAUGUACCUUAUCUGUAUGACAGUGUAUGAGAUGAAAGGAAAUAAGAUUGUAUUUUGUACAUUUGUAUAAUAAUCUACAUCUGAGUAAUAUCUUUUAUAUGAUAUGAGAUGAUGAAACAUUAUGAUUAAUGAUAUAAAACAGAUGUGUGGUUUGAUA